UGACACAGAGAAAUGAAAGCAGUCAAUAACGAUCCGUUGCGACGCAUUUAAUUUUGACCUUAGAAUAGAAACAAAUUUUCGACUAUCAGUUGCUGAUUGCGGCCAAAUAAUUGAGUUAUUUCAAAAAUAUUUAAAACGUUUCAUCGGUGAUCGCCGUAGUGCCGCGCUACACAUGCGGAUGUAAUAAAUACAUUCGUAGAUAGCUGACUUAUGUAUAAAUUUCGGAACUUCGAAAAGGUUAUGUCACUCGUGCAGCAAUAUGGCGGCGUGUGAGAGUGAAGGUUUUCACAAGGUUUUGGAGUAUAGAAUUUUCAAAUGCUCCAGCUACUCGUCGACCUAUGUACCUGAGAAUAUUCUCGUAGACGUACCGUCGGAUCAAUCCUCUCGCUGGUCCUCUGACAAUGACAAUCAUCCUCAGUUUCUCAUUCUCAAACUCCAACAUCAGUCCAUCGUCAAAACUAUCACGUUUGGUAAAUAUGAAAAAACUCAUGUUUGUAACAUCAAGAAAUUCAAAGUUUUUGGUGGACUUGAACCUGAGAAUAUGAUGGAGCUACUAGAAAGUGGUUUGAAAAAUGACUCUACACCAGAAACAUUCGACCUCAAACAUGUGGUCGGGAAUGACGAGAACUAUUUUCCGAUUAAGUACCUGAAAAUUCUUCCCCUGCAAUCCUGGGGCCCCAGUUUUAACUUUUCUAUCUGGCAUGUUCACCUCGCGGGAGUCGAUGACCAGAAACUUGUCAAAAGCAGCAUUGAAUGUUUUAACUCUCAGGUUAGACAGCAGCAUAAUACCAACGUUUUUAUUCCACUAAACAAGUACCGUCAGAAGGAGGUGUUACGACUGUGUAUGAAACAUUUUCGCCGCUUGGAAUAUCCGGAAAUUGUCAAUACUCUGCAAAGAGUUACUGGGGUGAGUCUUGAGGAUUCCAGACUGUCAACACUGUAUGAUAUAUUGGUAACCAAGGGGGAUCACUGCCAGGCAGAAAGAUUCAUUAGCAACGCUGUAAACAUGGGACUUUUCAAUGAGUAUAUAAAUGCUCAGGCUUACCGAGCUAUAUGGACAAAAAUAUUUUCCAAGGAUCCAAAACCUGGAAUGAGGGGUGGGCAUCAAAUGGUUUUGGACCCAUCGGCGGAAAUGUUGUAUCUGUUCGGUGGCUGGGAUGGAAAUCAGGAUUUGGCUGACCUUUGGACCUAUAAUGUAUCAACUGACAAGUGGCAUCUUAUUUGCAAAGACACAGAAGCAGUGGGUGGUCCUACCGCCCGGUCUUGUCACAAAAUGUGUUUGGACCCAGAAAGGCGUCAGUUGUUCACGCUGGGACGGUAUUUAGACACUCAAUAUCGCUCGCCAGAAAAUCUGAAGAGCGAUUUUUACGUUUAUGAUAUUGAGUCUGAUAAAUGGACACAGAUAUCUGAAGAUACCGGAGCCGUCGGUGGUCCUCAAUUGAUUUUCGACCACCAAAUGUCAAUGGACGUCGCUAAGAGAACUAUCUAUAUUUUCGGUGGACGUGUUCUUGUGCCAUCGCAUGUGAUUGAGGAUAACCAUGGAGUUACACCAAACGUGACAGAACCAGUAUUUUCUGGAUUGUAUUCGUACCAUGUGCCAACUGGGACCUGGAGUAGGCUCGCUUGUGAUAUUGCGAGACCCAGUCCGCCUAAUAUACCAACAAUUAGGUCCAGAGUUGGACAUUCCAUGCUAUUUCAUCCGGAAUUCAGAAAACUAUAUAUAUUUGCGGGACAGAGGAGUAAAGAGUAUCUAAACGAUUUUUUUACCUUCGAAGUAGACACCGAGACUUUGGAACACAUCAAUCUCAGUGACUUGGGAAACCGGGAUUCAAAUCAUGUUCCCGCGGCUGGUUUUACCCAGAGGGCUACUAUUGAUCCUGAACUUGGCGAGAUUUACGUUUUAUCUGGUCUGAGCAAAGACAAAGAGAAGAGAGACGACAAUGUUCAAAAUUCUCUUUGGGUCUACAAUAUUAAAGAGAACCGAUGGUCUUGCAUAUAUCGUAAUGAAAACGUUGGUGACAAGUAUUGGAAUAGUAUGCAGGAUUACGAGCCUUGUCCUAGAUUUGCCCACCAGCUUGUGUACGAUCAUAUUCAAAAGGUCCAUUAUUUAUUUGGAGGAAAUCCGGGGCGCUCUUGUCUGCCAAAAUUGAGGCUGGAUGAUUUUUGGCAGCUGGAACUCUGUAGACCCUCUCAUGAGCAGAUUUUGAGGAAAUGCAAGCUGAUAAUAAGGAAGCACAAAUUCGAAGAAUUGGCUAUGAAAAAUAGCAUCGAGGCUCUCGAGUACCUGCAGACACAAGUAUACGAAAUCAUCGAUCAUGCCGAUCCGGAGCAAACCAAAGAGUUUCAGUUACUGGCUUCAGUUCUUUUCCGAGAGCAAGAAAGAAGCAUGGAUAACAGUUUAGAUCUGGAUCCAGCAUCCAGCACUAGUUCCAGUGAUCGAAUUAAUUCAGUGGUGCCAAAGAAUUUUACGAUGCACGACAUCCACGCUCGCCGUACGGAAUUGUUUGACAAACUUACCGAAUUUUUUCCUGAAAGUUUAACUCAGCCGCGAGCAAAUCUUAUAGACCUUUUGCCAUUGUGAUAUUUUUAACAUGGUUAACGUACUUAAAAGUCAUACUAAUUUCGCUAUUUUUUUUUCCAAUCACACACCAAAAUCAUACUUAGCCUAUGUUUUCUUUAUUGUAUGUAUAAUUCAACAGCAACAAAUAACAGACUGUUAGUCUUUUCGUUUAACAGGUAUAAUAUCAAAGUCACGUGUUAUUUAUAAUAUUUUAUUUUCAUAUUUAGCUCGUAUAAUUUCGUUUCAAUAUUACUACUGUGUAUGAAAAAUUACGACCAGUUGCAGUUCAGUUCAUCAUUAUUUUUAUACAUACGGACAGCGAUAAUGAUAACGUUUGAUAGAUUCGUUUCUGCAAGUAGUUUUGAAAUAAUGCUAAUAGUCGUACUUUUUUUUGAUUAUUUUUCAUGAAGACUGUAAUAUUACAUUUUAUACGAUUGUUUGUAUCAUUAUAUUUAACUUUAGAAAUUUGGUUUAACUCUCUUUAUUUAUCAACUGUAUCAUCCUGUUAUUCAUCUCCGGUUUUACAAUUGAUUGAACUGUACGAAGAAAAUUUUUUUUUCGAAGCCCGUACCUUUUCUCGCAAUCAGUCAACGUUAAUUUGCCAUUCUACUUUAUAUUUUACCUUGUAUUCGGUGUAUUCGUUAUUUUUAAAAUGCAUUGAGGAAAAUACCCCAGUUUUUUUUUUCAUUUUUGUCAGAUUACAUUAAAUGAAACUUGGACCAUUCACAUGUUUGAAGGCAAUUUUAUUUUUACUUUCAAUAGAUUUUUAUUUUUACAAUUGCGAAUUAUUAUUGUUGUUAAUACUUGUUUACUUUUAUCAUUUUGUUCGCAACCUAAAAUCUCUGUGAAUUUCCGAUUUACAUGCUUGUAAUACUGAAACUAUAACUAUAUAGCAAUUAUUUGCCUCUCUGCUCUUUGCGAAUUGUUAUUCGUAAUACUUGCUUAAACCUGAAGUUCAUAACACAAUGAUCUACAACUGAUAAUAUACAUUGUCUAGAUGCGUAUUUAUAUAAAAAAGUUCUAAAUUUACUUUAAAUAUUUAAGUGUACAGUGGUUUUGUUAUUAAAAAUGAUCUUAAGCUUCCGCUUGCCAUAGUAAUGAGUUGUUAAUAGACUAUUAUGAAUAAGCUCUAAUAAUAAUAAAAUAACAAAAAUACAAAUAAUUAAUAUUUUAUAUUGCGUAGCUUUGUAAAUAUUUUUCAUUAAGUGUUCUGUCGAUAUCGAUUCUCUGUAAUGUAACUGACAUAAUUUAUACAAUAAUACAUAUACAUAUUAUAUAUGUGUUUGUAUAUGAUCACAAUCUAACGAUUAUAAGAUAACGUUAAUGUGUAUACAAACGUUAAGUUUUUGGCAUAAUAACGCACUUUGGCAUGCUAGAUAAUCAUACAUCAAAAUCUGUUACAUGUCUCAUCCAGAUAUUUCGUACUUUGAAAGUAGUAAAGCGAAAAAUUGAAUCUUU